GUCGUCCUGGUGGUAAUGAGACUCGCUUCUCCUAUCCCGAGUGCCCUAUCUGCAAGAGGCAUCAUCGGGGAGAGUGCAAGGGGCAGGGAUGCUUUCAUUGUGGCAUGCCCGGGCACUUCAAGAGGGAAUGUCCCCAGCUCCGGCCAGAGGCACCGAGAGCUCCAGCGAUGCCCACUCCAGCCAGGGUAUUCGCGAUCACGCAGGCUGAUGCAGAUGCCAGCCCAUCAGUUGUUACAGGUAAAGGCAAGGCAGUUGCUGAUGGACCGUGAGCGAGCUUAUGGGAUUGUACAUGUCGGGGCGGUUAGGCCUGGAGCGUACGAUCCUCGGGACAGCACGGCUGAGAUUUUGUAAAUGUCGUUAGACGACUUUAUUUUGAUGUAAAAGUUAAACAGUAAAAACGUUUGUAAAUAUUUUUAUAAAUCGGGAUCCCGAGACUUUUUAUAA